GAGUUCAGACCUCGUUCUCCAAUCAUUGCUCGAUUGCAUCACUUGGGAUUCGGAUUAGUGAUUGAUUGGGUUGGAUGUUUGGCUUUUAGCUGUUAACUUUGGAACUCGUGUUUUGUGUAAUUUCGUACGGUUUCUUAUCGCAAUAAAUUAGUGUACUAAUUUGUUGAAGUGAGAUUGUAGACUAUUUUAAUUACGAAGUGUACGGUAAGAGAAGUAUUUAGUGUGGUGUUCCUUUUUUGCCUAAACGUUAGGCUACUUACAUCAGAUACGGUAGCUUAUUAGAGGCAUAGUGUAUGUAAUUUUAAUUCAAAACUUUUCUAACCAUAUGGCCCUGCAGUAAACUACUUUACUGUAACAAUUCAAUAAAACGUUAAACUAGGUAUACAAAGGUCUGAUAAUUAUUUUGUGUUCUGUGCUGAUUGACAUAAACAUUUUCAAGGAUAAUUGGCUAUAAAGGUAGCAGUAAAAUGGAUAAUGAUCAUUCGACGCUUGCCUCUCCUGGUGAGGAAGCUGAGCAGAGGCUUGUAGCCGAAGAAAAGAAUGGCCAUAGCAACAAACAUAUCGAGGUGAAAUACGUUACGCCCGACACCCAAAACGGGGAUGCUAAAAUUGAUAUUGAUCUUCAAUCAGCUUUUGCUGGGAUGGGCAAAGAAGAGCUCAUGAAGUUUGCUAACGACCCGUUUUGGGUGAGAACACGAUGGAUUCUAUUCAAUCUGUUCUGGCUCAUUUGGAUUGCAAUGCUUGCUGGUGCCAUCGCCAUAAUUGUACUUGCGCCCAAAUGCUAUGCACCGCCUCCAAGAGAAUGGUGGGAACAAAGUCCCAUGUACGAGAUUGAUAUUCGGAAUUUCAAGGAUGGAAAUGAACCGCAAACUGGCGUGGGGAAUAUUAAUGGUUUGACAUCAAAGUUGGACUAUUUGAAUGAAUUGGGAAUCAAAACGGUAGUGGUCUCUAACCUGCUAGAUUCAUCCGAGCCUUUGGACGUAUCUAAGGAGGGAUCCGUCGAAAACUUCAGACAAAUCUCCCCAAAAGUUGGUACUCUGUUGGAUUUGAAAAAUCUCUUGGAAAAAAUGAAAGCGCUUGGUUUGCAUCUGCUCAUGAGCUUCAUCCCGAAUCACUCCAGUGACAAACAUCCUUGGUUUUUGAAGUCGGUGAACAGAGAGGAGCCCUUCACCGACUACUAUGUGUGGAAGAAAGCAACGAAAUUCGAUGGGGAUGGCAACAAACCUCUUCCUCCAAACAAUUGGUUGAGUGUUACUGGAGAUUCUGCCUGGGAAUGGAAUGACGUCAGAAAAGAGUUCUAUUUGCAUCAGUUUGAAAAGUCACAGCCAGACCUGAAUUUCCACAAUCAAGCUGUUAUCGAUUCUUUCAAGGACAUAAUGAAGUAUUGGCUGGAUGUGGGCGUGACGGGCUUCCACCUGGACAAAGUGCAGCACCUGCUGGAGGACAAGGACCUGGUCAAUGAGACGAUUGCAUCGGGUAGGGAGGCUGGGGACGCCCACUUGGGUCACUAUGACUUCCUGACGCACCAUCGCACCACCGAUCUGCCCCAACUUGCCGACGUGCUCUACCAGUGGAACCAGAUACCGGCCAACAGCUCGGGGAUUUUGUCGGUGAACGGUGUGCGACCCGACUCGCGGUCGGCGUCGAACGCGACAGUUGGCCAGCUGCUGGUGAAACCGCAGCGGCUGCAUCCGCAGUUCAAUGCGUCACAACUCAACGACCUCGUCACCAUCACUCUCGAUAAGUCGUCUUGGCCCACAUGGGAGAUCAUUCCGAUGAGAGUGGAUAAUACAAUGAAGAAUAACUUCAAGGAUGAGGUGAGCACUAGCCUGAUGGUGGUGACGAUGAUGCUCCCUGGUACGCCGGUCACUCACAGCGGCCUCGAGCUGGGUCUUGUCAAGCCCACCCCCAUUCCAUGGGACAAUUCCACAAACGCUGGGUUCUCGACAGCAGAGCCAUGGCAGCCGAUGGCGGCCGACAGCACCGAUGUGAACGUGAAGGCCCAGCAGGAGAACGCCAACAGCACACUCAACCUGUACAAGGCACUUAUCCACCUGCGAGCCACCGACUCGUUCCUCUACGGUGAUACAAAUUCCCACGCUCUCCUCAACGACACUGUCUUUGCUUUCACCAGGAUCAAGAAAGGCAACCCUGGCUACCUGGUGGCGUUGAACGUGGGCGAUGCGCGUGCGGAGGUGAACCUGCAGUCGCAGAUGGCGGGUGUCCCCAACGAGGUCACCGUCUCCGCUGCCACCCCCUCCACCGGCUACGCUCCCAAGAGCAAGCUGAAUGCAGAUUCGGUGUCACUGGAGCCAUACAGUGCUAUUGUUCUGAACUUCGUUCCUGAAGGUUAAAAACAAUGGGUCGCAUUUUACAAACUGACAUGUAGAAUUUGAUGAAUUUCUUUUUUCAAUAUUUAUUUUUAUUUUGUAGUAUUUUAGCUCAUGGUUCAAAGCUGAACUUUUGAGGCACAAUGCCUACAAUGAGCAUAAGAAGUAGAAGAUUAAUAAAGCAUGUAGUGAAGCAAA